UUCGUAAGCGGGUGCUAGACGCUCGUCCUGCCGCACUCCUCCUUCCCUUUCGCCCGCGACCAGCCACCUCCACCGUCGCCGUCCGACGAUCUCCUGCCGGUAUCCUCACGCCUCGCUUUCCCGAAUCUCGCGUCUCCGGACGGAGACGUUGGGAGGCGUCCGGCCAUAGUUCGGUUCAUCUCGAGCUCACUCUCUAGCCACCGUCUCCGAGCCGGUUAUUUCAGGUGUAUAUCGCUGCAAAGGCUAGAGAUAUGGACGAGACGAUGAAACAAUUCCUGCAUAGUCUAGAUGAGCUUGAAACUGAAGCAGAGAGACUGCUUUUAGCUCGAAAUCAGCUUGUGGAAAAUGAUAAACUGCGGAAUGGAAAUAGAGAAGCACUCACAGCAUUAAGAAAGAAGGCUCGCACAACAAAAACUAGUGUUCCAUCUCCUUUUGAGUCGCUUAUGAAGGAUAUUGGUGGUUCAGGAUCAAGGCCCUUGGUGCGUGAGGUGUGUACAACAUGUGGUAAUCAUGACUCGAAUGAGCGCACCUGGAUGAUGUUCCCCGGAACUGACAUUUUUGCGGCAAUCCCAUUUCACGCAGCACAUUCUAUUUUGGAUGAAGAGCAAUCCCAGCUAGAUUUUGAGGCAAAGAGAUUGCAGAGCUAUGUAAAGGAGAAGUCCAUUGUCAUUUCAGAUAAAGGUGCACUGGCUGAUAAGAUUAGUCCUGGUGUACUUCGAUCUCUGGUGACCUUAACAGACAAACAAAAAGAAGCGGGACAUUCUUAAUCGUUUUGCUCAGUGAAAAGCCUAGCUUAACGGUAAGGAAGCUUUUGAUGGAAGACUGAUCAUAAACAUGGAAGCUGACUGCUGGGAUGGAUUUCCUGAAGAUGUUUUCCUGCUUUAGUAUGGCUGCUUACAAAUAGUGAGUCGGUGGAGCUUAUGAACUGAUUGGGCUAUGCCAGUGAAGAACGGAUUUACGGACUGAAGGCUAGGGUGAGAGUUGAGUAGGGUAGAGCUAAGGGUUUAACAUUGUCAACUCCAUGUAAUCUCAAUGACGGCGAAAAUGUGGGAGUUCAGAUUGCAACAGUUUUCUUUUUGGAAAGAAAGUCUAAAUGUUCUUUAGGGUACUUUUGUUUGGGAGAAUAUUUAAUGAUAAAAGGAAAAAAAAUUCCGGAAAAUUA